AUGCCCUUUGGUCCUGGCACGUACCUAGGCCCUAAUCCCCAUCCUGACAGGCACCUACUUGCUAAUUUCGCGAACACACAUCGACUUACUGCACUGAAUACAUGGGGCCGCGUCAGCAAGGCUGCCACAUUUGAGCACGACCAGGUCCGCAGUCAAAUUGACUUCUUUUUCGCACGAGCUGCGCAAAUUGACGGACGCUCGAGGUGUGCUUGCACGGACCCCCUUUUUCAUCUCUUGCGUUGGCGUGGAGGCGCCCGUCACUACCCAGUACUGGUAAGCAUCCCAGCGGUGCAUUACCAAUCCCCUGCCAAAAUCCUCGACGAGUCUAAGGUCCGUGCCCCUAGGUAUCAGCUUACUCAGCCCCCUGAGCGAGUGCAGGCGUUCUGCGAGCACCUGGCCCACACCCUCUCUGCCUCGCCAGACCCCUCCGAACUAGAUCGGGCUUUGCAGCAAGCGGCGGCCAAGCACCUGCUUCCUGUUCAGCCGAGGACCAAAGGUGAUUCAGCUGCGGACAGGGUCACUGGCAUGGUAAAGCAAAUGUGGAAUCUCCGACAUACGGCACAGCAAUUUGCGAUUGAGGUCCUGCGACCCUUCACCAUCGUCGCGCAGAUUCGGCACUGGCGAGGCACGGGAGAGCGUCUCUGGUUCUCCAUUGGGUGCCGCGUCUUGAAGAAGCGUUAUCCCUUCUACCUGCGCGCAAAGCCACUCCGCCUCAUCUCGCGCAACUUCACUUGUGGCACCUUGGUAAAGAUGUUCUCCUCCCGCAUCUUGCCACACUCUGCCAACAACUCUGGCAAUCCCCUCAGAACUUCCAUCAACUUUGGGCAGACGCCUGGAUCGCAUGGCUCGCUAAGCCUGGCAAAGCCCCGGACCAACCAGAGAAUUUGCGGCCUAUUUCCCUUACUGAAGGAGGAGGUCGUAUCGUCGUCAAAGCGCUCACUCUCCAACUACGUCCGCGUGCGACAAGGUUGUCCUCUUGCCCCUAGUCUUUGGACGCUUGUAACCGUUGCUUUGCUUCGAGCCAUGGCUGGCACGGAGUCCCUUGACUGGAUUCAGCACGGAACCACUAUGUUCGCAGAUGACCUCCUUCUCCAAUGGGAGUACAACAACAUCUCAGAACUAGAGCGCAUGAUAUCCGCCAUCCAGCACUGCUUCCGAGUCCUUGCUCGACUAGGUCUCCAGGUGCAGCACCGCAAAACACAACUCCUCCUUGCCCAAAAAGGUCGCCUGGCGCACAAAUGGUGGCAAGCACACACGGCCUCCACCAAGGAUGGUUGCUUCCUUCGGAUCCCGCAACCGGGUCAGAAGGAUCUGCACCUUCCCAUUGUCCCACAACUCACCUACCUGGGCAUCGUUCUCUCUUACAAGGAUGCGACCACUGCCACCGUCGAGCACCGUCUUCACGUUGCCGAGGCCCAACGAGCGCGCCUUCUUAAAGUGCUGCACUCGCGUACUCUUCCUCUGCGGAAGAGAGUGCAGCUCUGGGUGGCCUGUGUUCGAAGCUCGGCAUUAUACGGACUACAUCUGUUAGACCUGCAACAGAAGCAUGUUGUACGCAUCACCGUUGUCCUUGUCAAGCACCUGCGGGCCAUAGCUCGGAGCUUUGCCCACAUGUCUCAGGAGGCUAGUCAGACCUUGCUCCUUAGGCUAGGUGUAGAGGAUCCGCUGCCUUUCCUGCUGCGCGCCGGCCAGAAACUUCUGACAAAAACACUCCAAUCGCAAGAUCCGAUGGUGCACCAGCCACGCAUACUGCAGUGGCUAGCGCAUAUCACGGAAGCCAGGCUGGCGCUGGACUCGCACGUUGCGCAUGUGAUCCCGCCUAAUACUGAGUCCUGUCCUGAGACGGCUCUGGAUGGAGAUGUCAAGGUGCCACGGGCUGCUGCGGAUCCUCCAGCGGCUGAUCCUCCCGCCACGGCCCCCGUCCAGGGUGCGCCGACGCCGGUAGCAGUUCUCCCUCCCAGCGGUUCUCUUCUCAGUGCGCUGAUUCCCACUUCCCCUACCCAAUGGCUGCAUUUUGCCAGACAUCCCGAGGUGCAGACAACGCUGCGACAGUUUUGUGCGACGUGUGGCCAAUGGCUGGUGUCAGUGAAGAGCAUCAAGCUGCACUAUAGACAUGUUCAUACUGAUAUCUACCAUCGUUUCUGCCAAGCCGCUGCUGAUGACUGUAAAAAAGUGGGUCACCUCAUAUCACCGUGUGUCUACUGUGGAGCACAUGUCACUCGCACAGAUCAGCACUCUGGUACGCAGACCUUGCAUCCAAACGCAUCGCCGAGCCGGCACCUGCCCUCAGCUCAGCUCCAUCCAGCCAUGGAGCACGUGCCCGCGCAGAUGGACCUGGACGAGGAGGAGAGGGAGUGCUUCGGGAAUCUCCUGGGGAAGCGAGCCCUUGCGCUGGGAAUGGAAUCCCCGAACAAGUAUCCCCACCCGAGCGGAAAAGGAGUCCCGCCGCAGGGAGGAAGCAGACCGCGACCCCCCCCACCACAGCGUGGUUCCCGCCAGGCGGCCCCCUCUCAGGGGAGCCGAACAAAAGAGGAGCACCGAGGAAAAUCGGGGACUUCUUCAGACCNNCAAAGCGAUCACACGGUCAUCUUCACCUUUCGGAAUGGCGACGGCCCUCAGCUGAUGGUGCCGCUACUCCACGAAGUGACGGCCAACUGGCGCGACCAACGCAGCAAGGGCAAAACUCUGCUCCAGUACGUGACGUCGGAAAUCAUCACCAGGGUUACCACGUUUGCAGACGACAAGAAUGCCCAGGCCAAGGCGCAGGAAAUGGGUUGGGUGACCAGCGACCUGGAGUACAACUACCUCGACUGGAACGCCGAGGAGCAGAGGCUCGUCCCUCGACAAGAGGGGACGCUGACGCAGGAUCAGGUUCUGGCAGACGCCCG